AUGUUCGAAUGGCUCAAGACGCUAGAGCGAGACUUGACCAAAAAGCCGAACAACCCUCACUAUCUCGGCGGCAAUGAUCAGCCGUUUCCCCAAAAUCCUCUCUUCCGAAGCCAGCCUGUACUAGAUGAAGACGCAAGAGAAUUAAUAUGGCGGCGGGUUAAGAAAAACGGCGAGGCGCUGAAGGUGGUAUCGGCGGAUCUCGGUGUCGACGUCAGGCGCGUUGCCGCAGUUGUACGACUGAAAGAGGUGGAAAAGCGGUGGAUAUCUGAGGGAAAACGCCUGGCCAAGCCGUACUCGAAAGCGAUUUUGAAUAUGCUGCCCAAGACGUCGUACCCGGCGAGCGGCCCAAAGCCAACGCACGAACCAAUUAACGACAUCCAUGUUCACGGUUAUACGAUGCAACAAGUGUUUCUUCCCACGUCGGAGUCGCGGCAUUUCACACGAAGAGACGCAGCGAAGGCUUUCCACAGGACCAUGCUCCCAGCCGAAGAGAGAUCGCAGCAUCCUGAGCUCAUUGAGAUGGUAAAGGAUGUAUUAGCUGGUGGGAAUAGGGCGCGCAGCGCAGAGAAAUUCAUUAAGGCUGCGAAGCAGUCCGAACAGGAGUUGGUAAGGCAAGCGGAAGAAAAUGCUAGGCGCGAGGCCGCCAGGACCAUGAAGAUCAACUCGGACCGGUUUGAAUUUCGCAUUCAGUCUUUUGACUCGGAGCGGGUAGGGACGACCGGCCGGGCUAGACAUGCUGUGGGCUGGAGAUAUGGUGCUCCAUUGGAUGACCGGAAGAGGGGUAAGGUCAAGAUCCCUACUCAAGUACCGUGA